AUGACGAAGAUAAAAGACAAAUUUUGGGAAUAUGCCGAGAAACUGAAUAACCGUUUCAAAUUACCUGAGGAAGUACAAGCAUCUGCUGUUAUUGCAAUUGGGGAGGCCCGUGUUAAUGUUAGUGGGACUAAAAGAGCUAAAUCAUCUACUGGGAGUGUUGGGAGAGCAGUGUUAGUGUCUACAACAGGGUUUAUUGAGAUGAUUAAGACUGUUUCGGAAUAUGGUAUUGGAUAUUCAUUACCUAGUUAUUCUACUCUUCGAACUAAGUUGGUUGUCAAUACUAAAGCAGAUGUGGAACGUUAUGUAAAUGAAGUCAAAGAAUCUUGGAGUUCAACUGGAUGCACCAUCAUGUCAGACAUAUGGACUGAUAUGAAAAAACGGUCGUCUAUAAAUGUGAUUGCUUACUCACCAAAAGGGGCAGUAUUCUUAAAAUCAGUUGAAAGAUCCAGAGAGUCGAACACAUGUUUAUUUAUAAGGGAGGUACUUUUACCAGUUAUUGAAGAGAUUGGUGCUGAAAAUGUAGUGCAAAUUGUGACUGACAAUGCUUCAAACUUUGGACUUGCUUGUAACCUGAUCAUGGAAGAGUAUCCCCACAUAAUCAAAUCAAAGUGUGAUGCUCAUGGAGUUCAAUUGCUGUUUGAGGAUAUAUAUGAUUCUGUUGAUUGGGUUGAAGAUAUUUUUCUCAAAGCAAGAAAGAUAUAUGACCAUUUAUGCAGGCAUAUCAUUCUUUUGGACUUAAUGAGAGAGCAUACCAAGAAAGAUUUGAGAAAGUAUUCUAAAACCAGGUUUGCGUCUCACUUUCUUAUGCUUCAAUCUAUUUUAGAUGUUGAAGAUGGUUUGAGAAACCUGGUCGCAUCGGUUGAAUAUAGAAACAUGUUGUACAGCAAAGGAGCUGUUGCUGACAUAGUCAAAGAGCUUAUACAAGGAACACCAUUUUGGGGGGAUGGGAAAGAGCUAAUUUCAGCAAUGGAGCCAUUGGUAAAGGUAUUACGAGCGAAAUCUAACCUGCUUCAUGAGUUUCAUGCUGCUGCCAUGUAUUUGAACCCUCCUUUCAUGUUUGAUGGAAAGAUUUCAUAUACUAAUGAAGCUGUGCAAGCUGCCUUGUCAUAUAUUUAUGACAAACUGAUUGAUACCACUGAAAGAACCAAGUUUUCGCAAGAGCUUUUACUCUAUAAUGGAAAACAUCCAAAGAUCUUUACAAGCAUCUCAAUAGAUCAAAUCAGUAAUUGUCAUCCAAGGGUGUGGUGGGAAGCAAAUGGAGGCUCUGUUCCUAUACUAAGAAAGGUUGCCAUUUGUUUAUUAAGUCAGCCGUGUAGUGCUUCAGCAUGUGAACAUAACUGGAGUGCUUUCGAUGCUGCACAAACAAAAAAGAGAAACAGAUUGGCUCCACAGAUGUUGGAAGAUCUGGUGUACAUAAGGAUGAACUCGUUAAUGCUGAAAAAUUCCGUGAACUUUGAGUUAAAAGAUAGAGACCUAAUUAAUCUUGAAAAUCUCGCAGAGUGGGACACUGAACUUGUUGAUGGCAAUCUGGAUGAAGCUAUUGAUGAAGGUUUUGUAGCCGAUGCUCAAAGUGACCUGAAUGCUGCUUGGAUGGAUAGAAUGUGUAGCGGCAUUGGGACAUCUUCGAGAAUGAAUUAUCGUCAUCAGUAG